CAGACAGCCACGCACUGGUGGACCUCACUCGCUACUCUAUCUACCGUGGCUAGCCCCAAUUCUAUCCUAUUGUCUCAAAUAUGACUUCCCAAACCCUCUGGCGCUCCUUCGGGCUGCUGCAGCGCGCUUCCACUCGCUCCUUUAUCAACACUGGCUCGGGCCGCCGCGCCCUCAGCUCCCAAUCCCGCAUCCCCGACUUCGCCUUUGCUUUCGACAUCGACGGUGUUCUCCUCCGAUCCUCCAAACCCAUCCCCGGAGCCGCAAAGUCGUUGGCCCUUCUCCAGGAGCAGAACAUCCCGUUCCUAUUGUUGACAAAUGGCGGUGGAAAGCAUGAGACAGAGAGAGUGGCGGAAAUCAGUGAGAAACUACAGGUUCCUCUGGCCCCGGAGGCCAUUGUUCAGAGCCAUUCCCCAUUCGCGGAGCUCGUGCGCGGGCCGGACGAACUGAGCGCCCUGGAGAACAAAUGCGUGCUGGUGGUCGGGGGAGAGGGUGAGCGUUGCCGGAAGGUAGCGCAACAGUACGGUUUCAAGAAUGUGGUGACGCCAGGCGACAUCUUCAUGGCGAACCCAACCAUCUGGCCCUUCAAGUCUUUCCAAAACUACUACAAAGAUAUCACCAAGCCGUUGCCGAACCCCAAAGAUCCCAAUGACCCCUCUCGAGGAUUGAAGAUCGAUGCGAUCUUUGUCUUCAACGACCCACGCGACUGGGCCUUGGAUGCUCAGAUCAUCACAGACGUUCUACUAUCAUCGGAGGGCGUGAUCGGAACCAUAUCAGAGAAGAACGGUCGGACCGACCUUCCUAACCGGGGAUUCCAGCAAGAUGGCCAGCCGCAUUUGUACUUUUCCAACCCGGAUCUGUGGUGGGCUGCUGCCUACCAUCUUCCCCGCCUCGGUCAAGGCGGGUUCCGCGAGGCGCUGGAAGGCAUCUGGGCUGCUGUGACCGGAGGGCCGAGCAAAGGUGUUGAGCUGAAGAAAACCGUCAUCGGCAAGCCGCAUCAAGGGACAUACGAGUUUGCAGAAAUCCAACUUUUGCGCAACCGUUCCCGGCUGCUCGGCUCUAACAUUCCGCCUCUGAAGAACGUGUACAUGAUUGGAGACAACCCAGAAUCUGACAUCUGUGGUGCUAACAGCUACCGGAGCCCCCACGGCAGCAAGUGGCAUUCGAUUCUCGUGCGGACGGGUGUCUACAAUGGCGGUGAGCCGACGUGGACUCCGACCACGAUCGCUGACGAUGUCCAGAAAGCGGUUGAGUGGGGUCUUGAGACGUCCAAAUGGCGGGGUUAGAGUGCUGGGCUUUUACUUUUUUUCUGUUUCAAUCUUGAGCGAGUGACUUGUAUCAAAUAGACUGCAGGUGCAUCCGAUCGGCGGUCUCAUACAUAUUAGGUAGAGUUAAUAUCUUAGACAGGCAUGGCAAGGGUUUGCGUCAGAUAGCAUUAUAGAAGACGAGUAUCAG